GCAAUUGCACGGUUCUAAAUUAUUUAGUUGUCCUUAUCUAGCAAGACUUGUUCGCUACGUUAAAUUCAGGCUAGUUAAUUAACCAACUGAACAAAACUGGCGUGUGGCAACAUUACUGACACGGUGACAAACUCUAGUUUGUCGCUUUUUCCAAAACCAAACAUAAAAAAAUGAUCUACUCGCACUAAUUCUAGCUAUCAACAACUGAGAAUCCCAAAAUAGUUUGCUAAUCAGUGUAGUCUGAGGCCUUAGCCACUAAGGUAUCCAUGUAGACGGCACAUUCUGACUUAUAACAUGGGUGAAGAUGGGGUUGGUAAAACCACUUUGGUUGCAAAACUUCAGGGACUCAAAGAAUACAUAAAAGGGAGAGGACUGGAAUACCUUUAUUUCAACGUCCAUGACGAUGACAUUGACGACCAUGCCAGGUGUAAUGCCUGGAUUUUGGAUGGUGACCUGUAUCACAAAGGCCUCCAGAAAUUUGCAGUGUUUCCAGACAACCUGGCAGACACCAUCGUACUGCUGGUGGUGGACAUGUCAAGGCCCUGGUCUGCCCUGGAUUCCCUGCAGAAGUGGGCCAGUGUCAUCCGAGAGUAUAUCGACAAAAUGAGGAUUGCUCGAGAGGAGAUGAGGGAAAUGGAACAAAAAUUGGUCAGACAGUUCCAGGAGUACACAGAGCCAGGGAGCACCCACAGCAUGUCCCCGCAGAGGAGGAACCCUAAAGCUGCUGAUUCGGAUGAAGAGGGCAUCGUGCUUCCCCUUGGGAAGAACACACUCACACACAACCUGGGCAUACCUAUGGUGGUGGUAUGCACCAAGUGCGAUGCUAUCAGUGGCCUGGAGACAGAACACGACUACAGAGACGAGCACUUUGACUUCAUUCAGUCGCACCUCCGCCGAUUCUGCUUGCAGUAUGGGGCAGCCCUACUGUACACUUCAAUGAAGGAGAACAAAAAUCUAGAUGUAUUAUAUAAAUACCUUGUCCACAGGUUAUAUGGCUUCCCUUUCAGCUUGCCUGCUCAAGUGGUAGAAAAAGAUGCAGUGUUUAUUCCAUCAGGGUGGGACAAUGAAAAAAAGAUUGCAAUCCUGCAUGAAAACUUUCAUACAGUUAAAACGGAAGACCAUUUUGAAGAUGUGAUUAUAAAGCCACCAGUGAGGAAGUUCGUACAUGAAACGGAAAUCGUAGCAGAAGAUGAUCAAGUGUUUCUUGUAAAACUGCAGUCUCUUCUGGCAAAGCAACCCCCAGUAUCUGCAGGACGGCCUGUGGACGCCUCCAAUCGAGGACCCGGCGGUUCUCCCCGAACAAUCAGCCGAUCGGCUUCAGGGAAUGUGGCCAGCGUCAUGCCCAUGCAAUCAGGUACCAAGAAGAUAGAUCCCAACAUGAAAGGUGGACAGACGAGUGAGGGCGUCCUGACCAACUUUUUCAACAGUCUGCUAAGCAAGAAGACCGGGUCUCCAGGCUCCGGCAGUAGCCCAGCAGGAGGAGGAAACGCACCUGGAGCGACCAAGAAACCAGGCUCAAUUCUUAGCUUGACAGAUGUGCAGGUCGAACUGGACUGGAUCGCUAACAAGUCAGAAUUUAAAUCCUCCUCUCCGACUUCCCCAUCAACACCUCCAGCUGAGGGGGAGGAGUCAUGAGAAGAGCCAAGGCCCACUCCCCUUUCGACCUGCGCCUGCCUCUCUCCCCCUUUCUUUUCUGACUUGUUCAUCAGGUACCCAGAUGCAAAUUGUGGAGUGGAACAGAAAACAAAGGCUUGUCAAAAAGACGUGCCAAACCAUGUGCAUGCUGGUUUCUCGCUUCCUUUUCUGAACAAAGAAUGGAAACAUGCACUCGGACAUGUAGCAGGAAGCCUAAGCCAUAGAGAGGGCAUUGUGGGAAAUGUAGUGUUUGGAUGCAUGGAUGAUUGUUACUAUGAAAGGUGACACCCACAAGUAGUUGCUGGCAAAGGGCUUUUGUGCUUGUUAAAGUGCUUGGGCUGGAAGAAUGAGCAGCCCUGUUAUUAGCAUAAUGGAAUCACCCCUAAACCCUUAAUAGACUGGUGUUACAGCAUAGCUCUGCUACACUUGGAAAUGCACGUUUCCAUGGUAAAAGUCAGAAAUAAUACCUGUCUGAAAUAAAAUCAACACGAAAGAAAGGGUAGAUAGAUUGUGUCAAACUGUCUUAGCUGUUUUGUUGGAUUAGUUAUUUUCCUCACUGCAGGAAAAUUAUGUAAUUUUAAGGAAAAUAGUGGUCUUUAAAGGGCAAUGAUGCAGAAUUACGUUUUCCCGAAUAUGCGCAGGGAAAUUAGCACUAUUAUACAGGAACCGGUCUAAAGAAGUAUUUAAAAUGCUCCUUUUUUGUGCUUAACGCUAAUAUCCAGGAUUUAGUAUGGCUUGGCGAAUUAUUGCCAAAUACACUUCAGGUGAACAGUAUAUUGUUUGGGGUAAUGAAACUACCUAAUGCACUCAAGUGGUUGCUUAGACGGCAUCAUGGUCGAAGAAGGGUCAGGUCAGGUGUCGGUUUCAUCUGAAGAAUGUAAAAGUACAAACAUGAAAAUGGUCCCGUUAUCUCAGAUAUUGUAGUGAUGUUUCUAUGGGUCAGGUCUGUAAUCAUUCAAUAAAGUUAUAUUUAUUCUGA